AAUAAGCAGUACCGUAUUUCAAAGAACAGCGCGCAUAACUUUUCAAUUAACCACACCCUUUGCACCAUGACGCCAACCCAUGAGAUCCUUUUACUUCAGUGUAAACGGAAGUGAAAAGAGACCAAGAACACAUUCCACGAAAGCGUUUUUGUUGUUAUUUAGACGUUUAUUAACAGCGUGGAACUUAAAAUGACUAAUUUAACUGCACAGCAUUACAUUAGUUACCUCAGGUAGUGUUUAAUUCGCGUUUGAGACAGGACUUGGUUGAUAGCUAGCAAGCGCGUUACCUAGAACUGCUAACAAUGGCUAACUGUAUGGUUUUUCACACUCAAAUAGCCUCCAUCAUGGAGGUACUAGCAAAUGCAGCCGUGGCAGACAUCUGUAAACUCGUAGACGACGACUAUGCAGUGUUUCGUUUGGAAAUAACUCAAAGCCAUAAAGAAAACCGGGGAUUGCGGAGGAAACUACAGCUACUGGAACUGAAGAUGGCACGGGAGCGCGCAGAGAAGACAGCGCGAGAGCGCGUCCUCGCCAGUCGUCCCAGUAGUGUCAAGAUCCUCGACCGAUACAGAGGAAUGUCAAGAGGUGAAGGACAUCUCACUCGAGGCCACAGGAGCUUUGUGAAGCCAGCGGCACAUAACGCGUGUAGAGAUGACCAACCAAUCACUGUUGAUGAGGGGAGUGGAACCUCAACCCAGCACGUUAUCGUGAUUGAGUCUGCAGAUGCAGAGGCUGUUGGUCCUGGGGUCAAGCUGGAGAGGUCUGAAGGAGAGGAGGACCCACGGCACAGCAGAGACAUCCAGACUGGAGCGUCCCAUGUAGCCACGGAGGACCUCACCGCCACUGCGCCCCAGCCCAGGACCCGACGCAGAAUCACGGAGGUCAGUGGAACUCCGAACGCCGUUCUCAAGUCAGAGCCCGACACAGAGACUUUAACUGUAACACAAAGGCUUUUGCACACAGGAUCUGACCACAGGUCAUACCCAGAGAGGCUGGGGCGACUGGGCUGUCCUCCUGUUCCCAGCUCAGAUUAUUUACUUUACGAUAACCUGAGCUCGAGGGCGGUUCAAGUUAAUUCCCAUCGAGACUCAGGUGAUGCGUUAGAGGCUGGCAGUGAUCUGUCUUGUUCUUACACUACAGAGAUGGACCCUGGCAACAUAUCCUUGGGUUUAGAGACACAGACAGAUCUGUCUAGAGGGGACUGGAACCAGUACAGUAGUAGUGUAUACUCUGAAGGGUGCCUAGAUAAGAAAGGGGAGGUUAUAGUCUUAGAUGAGGUGACUGUAAAAGUGGAGGGCGACGCUCCUCUGACAUGGAAUGUAGACGAGACUCCCUCAGGAGAAGGACACUCACAAGGUAGAGAUUUCUUAGAUUAUAGGGAAAGCUUAGAGACGAAUCUAAAUGUCACAACCCACUCCCCUUUACACACAGUCAGGGAUCGAGACCCAGUGUCCACGUUGAUGGGGCCUUCCAAUUCACGCGGCCGUGUCCUUUUUGAUCAGGUAUUGAACUCAAACGACAGGACUAGAGCCCAGGCUCAGGGAGGGGGAGCCACAUCAGGAAAUAGUAAAGAGAAACGGUUCCUCUGCAUGUUCUGUAACAAAGGCUUCAGCUGCAUCCAGAAGGUGGAGAUCCACCAGAGGGUCCACACAGGGGUGAAACCCUUCAGCUGUACCCAGUGUCACAUGCGCUUCACCCAGGCUGGUGACUUAAAGAGGCACCAGAGGGUCCACACAGGGGAGAAACCAUUCAGCUGUACCCAGUGUCAGAUGCGCUUCUCCCACUCGUCCAGCCUGAAGAGGCACCAGAGGGUCCACACAAGGAAAACCCUAAAGGUACCCCCAGUGUGAGAAGAGGUUCACCCACUAGAACAAGCUAAAGGUGCGUCUGAAGGUCCACACGGAAAAAGGCUGUUCGCCUGUACACACUGCAGGAAGAGGUUCUCAGAGACGAGCUACCUCAGGAUACACCAGCAGAAAAAACAUUCCACUCUAUAACAUAGAAAGUAACCAUUCCACUCAAUAGCUUCUGACAUUUAGAUCAAAUCCUGCAUUAUAGACAAAGAUGAAUUUUCAUUGUCAGUAGAGAACAUCUACAGAUGCAUUUAGAAUAGUGAGAGUAACAUAUUUCAGUGUUGAAUAUUCCUGGGUAGAAUAAUGCAUCCAGACAUUGUGAUAUAUAAGGCAUAUAUAAGCCUAAAAAGUCUGUUACAUAUUGUGUUUGUACUGUGUAGGCUAUAUGAUGUUCAUACAGAUUGAGACAUAUUUUAAAUGUACAUUUUAGUAAUUUAGCAGGCACUCUUAUCCACGGUGAAUUACAGUUAAUGCAUUCAUUUUAAGAAAGCUGGGUUAAACAACCACAUAACACAGUCGUAGCAAGUACAUUUCCCUAAAUAAAGUACUUAUCAGCAAAGUCAGUGCUAGUAGGAAGACACAUUCUUUUUUGACAGCGACUCUGAUGUUUUAGCUUCAGGGGGAAGCUGGUUCCAUCAUUGGGGUGCCAGGACAGAGAAGAGCUUUGACUGGUCUGAGCGAGAGCUGACCACUCGUAAGGGUGGGAUGGUGAAGAGACCAAAGGUGGCAGAAUGGAGUGCUUGGAUUGGGGUGUGGGGUUUGAGCAUAGCCUGAAGGUAGGGAGGGGCAGUUCACCUUGCUGCUUUGUAGGCAACCAUCAUGGUCUUGAAGUGGAUACGAACUUCUUCUGGAAGCCAGUGGAGUGUGCCGAGGAGCGGGGUGACAUGGGAGAACUUGGGAAGGUUGAACACCAGGCGGGCUGCAGCGUUCUAGAUAGGUUGCAGGGGUUUGAUGGCACAAGAGGGGAGCCCAUCCAACAGAGUUUCAGAAGUCUAGAUGGGAAAUGACAACUGCUCGGAUUAGGGCCUGCUCCACUUGUGUGAGUAAGGGUCGUAGUUUACGAAUGUUGUAGAGCAUGAACCUUGGAGCGGGGCAGGCCUUCCCCGGGAGGAAGAGCUGUUCCAUCUUGUCAAGGUUGAGCUGGAGGUGGUGGGCAGACAUCCAAGCUGAGAUGUCUGCCAGGUACGCAGAGAUACGUGUGUAUGUGUGGUUUUCAUAUGGUGUAUUUAACAUUUGUUUGUUUAAUAAACACAAUGGGACUUUU